AGCCCUGCUUUCGGACCGAUUUAAGUUAGUAGAGGGAGGAGCCCUACCCGGAAAACGUUCAGAAGCCUGAGUGAGGAAUGAAAAUAAAUAAAUAAAUAAUGACGGAAUCACCAAUUGAGAACUCUGGGAUCAAGUGACCCCCGCUGCCCUGGCCAGCCCUAGGAUUCCCAAAACAGCCUGCAAAGGAUGUGGCUCACUCAGAUUUUCAACUCUGAGUCUCAGAAGGGUGUGAUCUUUCAGGGAUGUGGCCUCAUGACAGCAGAGGGUGGGGUCCCGGGAAUAGUACAGAGUGAAGGGAAGACAUGACUGAGGUACUGGGAACACUCAACCUUUUGGGGAGGAUUGCAGUGGGCUCUGCUAAUGCCAUUAGUCCUGGAAGCCCAGGCCAAAUCUGGAAAGUUCCAGGGACUCUAGACUUCUGCCUCGAGUAUCUCAGGGAGAUGAGCGCCUUUGUUUAAGCCCCAAUUCAGGAGAUGGAGGGAUCCCAGAAACUGGUGGGAGUCAAGGUAAAAAUCCUUUAGAAGGCAAUAGGAAAUUAACCCGUCUUCUCCCUUCCCCCAAAAAGAGAGGAGGAGGCAGAAAAGCCUCCCGCUGCUGUUGGCCCAGGGCAGCCACGGGCAGAGGUAUCAGGCUGAGGUGCCCCUGGUUUGUUCCUACGGACAGAUGGUCUCAGGGACAUGAAGUCCUUGGAGUAACGGAGAGGCUUAUUCAGGAGAGGAAAUCCUGGUGGUGUAAUGGUUAAGUACUAUGGCUGCUAACCCAGAGGUGGGCAGUUCAAAUCCACCAGGCGCUUCUUGGAAACUCCAUGGGGCAGUUCUACUGUGUCCUAUAGGGUUGCUAUGAGUUGGAAUCGACUUGACAGUAAUGGGUACCAACAGGGUAUUCUGCAGAGGCAAGAGACAUGGUGUCUAAUGGGAGUCAAGGUGAGGAUACUGAGUUCUGAUGAGGUGACUCCUCCCAGAAGAAAGGGGGAAACAUUGAGCCCCAACACUGCCUUUGGACCUGGAGAACCUGGGUAUGGUUAUUUAGUGAGUUGUAGUCACUAACUCCCAGGGCAUGUCGGGGAGGUGAGGGACCUGGUAAAAGGGGGCAGCCAUGGUGAAGACCCUGGUGGAGAACUGAGAUCUCCAGGGAACCCCAGACAGAACAGGCCCCGAUGUGCUGUCGUCAUUGAGACACCCUGCCAGGAGUGGUGGCUGACCUGCUCCUUCAGUUUCUGCUUGUGGGUCCCAGAGGGAUUUGAGGUUUCAGGGUCAGAGUAGUAGAGGCGAGGUGCCCUGGCCUUGCCGGCAGAUGAUAUGAUGGCUGUAUGAGUGACAUUAGAAGAAUCCCUAAUAUCCCAGCACAAAGAGUUGCUAGAGCCAGCCCCUGCUGUCACUCCAAUAAGCCCCAAGCAGGGCUGGCAAUCUAAAACCUAAUCCUUCUUCUAAUUUUCUUUACAGGGUCCUGACCGGGACAACUGGAGCUUUGUCAGGUUCUACAGCAGUGUGCUCAAGGAUCCUGCAGAGGCAUCCGUUGUGAAAGCUAAGGAGGCAUCUCUCUGCUACAGGGCACACAUCCUUUCAGCCUCCAUCUUCCUGUGGGACUGCAUCACCUGCCCUCCUUCCACUCUCCUGCCUGCUAUCCUUGAGCAGUCAUCAUGCCUCGAGGUCAUAAGAGUAAGCUCCGUUCCCGUGAGAAACGUCGCCAGGCUUUUGGAGACACCCACAGUGUCAACAGUGCUCAGGCCACUGCAGCAGAGGAGGAGAGGUCCCCGUCCUCUUCCUCUCCUUCUUUUGGGGGGCCUCCCCAGAGCUUCCCUGCUGUUCGCACUCCCCAGGGGUCUCAGAGAGGCCCAUCCACCACCACUGCUGCUGCAGGUACUUCGGGCAGAAGAGCUCCUAGAGGGGCCGAGGGCCAAGAUGAGGGAGGUCCCUCUUCUGCCCGAGCCCCCAAUGAGAGGUCACGUAGAGACCCUCUAACCAGGAGGGUGAUCAUGUUGUCGCAGUUUCUGCUGUCCAAGUAUGAGAUGCAAGAGCGCAUUACCAAGGGAAAAAUGAUGAAGAUCAUCAACAAAAGGUACAAGGAGCACUUCCCUGAGAUCCUGAGGAGAGCCUCUGAGUACAUAGAGCUGGUCUUUGGCCUUGACGUGAAGGAAGUGGAUUCCAAAGGUCAAUCCUAUACCCUUGUCAGCAAGUUGGAGAUCACCGAGGAAGAGAAUCUGAGUGGUGGCAGGGGGUUUCCCAAGACUGGGCUCCUGAUGCCUCUCCUGGCCAUGAUCUCCAUGAAUGGCAACCGGGCCACUGAGGAGGAGAUGUGGGAAUUCCUGAAUGUGUUUGGGAUGUACGAUGGGAAGACGCACUUCAUCUUUGGGGAGCCCCGGAAGCUCCUUACCAAAGAUUUGGUGCAGGCAAAGUACCUGGAGUACAGGCAGGUGCCCAACAGUGAUCCUCCAUGCUACGAAUUCCUGUGGGGUCCCAGAGCCCAAGCUGAAGCCAGCAAGACAAAAGUCCUGGAGUUUUCGGACAAGGUCCAGGAUACCAACUCCGGUGCCUUCCAAGCUCUGUAUAAAGAAGCUUGGGGAGAUGAGGAAGAGACAGCCACAGGAGGAGAAUGGGCUGGGGCUUGUCCUGAGGCCAGGGCCGGGUCUAGUGACAGGGAGAGUGCAGCUGGUCCUCCCAUCCUUAGUGAAGUCUGAUGCAGAUUUUUCACUUUUUGGUUGCAAAUGGCUGUUAACCUUCUAAAUAGUGCAGGCAACAUGGGGCUGGAGGGGGCACAUGUAUGUCUUCUUGUAUUCCUGUUAUAGUUGAGUGACUUAUAGAUUUAGCUUGUUUUUUUGUAUUUUUCAAAUGUUCCUUUUAAUUGCAGAUUUAUUAAGAUUCAGAAUCUAAAUUCAUCUCAUGCAUUUAUAGUUGUCUUUCAGAUUUAGGAGGAAGAGUUUUGUGUUGGGUAAAACAAAUUGAAAAUCUUUGAAUCUUUUCUUAUGAAUCCAGAACUAGUUAACAUGGUAUCGGAAUAGGGAUGUUCUUGGAAAUACUAAAGAUAUCCACAAGAGUUAGUUGGGAUCACAAGGUAGAGGCAGAAGACCAUAAAAGUUGGUCAAUUCUUGGUUUCCCUUAUUCCAUUUGGUAAAAGUAGAACAUUCACGUGCUUGGAUUUGUUUAGCUUAUUUAAGGAUGUGGGAGAAAAUAAAUUGUGAUGAUUUGACCUCUUGUUCCCUGCCUCUUAUUUUCCCCAAACAGUAAUUGAGCGUCUGCCCUUUGGAAGGCUUCAUGCUAGUAAUGGGGCCCUUUAAGCAAAGGUGUGGCAGCAUGUGUUUAGAUUUUAGAGUCUAACAGCAGGUAUGAAAUGAGGUUGAGAUACUCUCCAAGACCUCAGGACUGAUACAAAAGGAGUGAGCACUUCAGGGUUCCCUCUAGCGUAAAUACCCCAAGGAAGGGCAAUUUGGGGCGUUGGGAAACUCUGAUCUCUCAGUCUGGGCUGGG